GCGCGGAAAUACGAAAAUUGGAGAACUUGCGGAAGAGAUUAUUACUUGGAUGUGUUUGACGUUACAGAGCGAAAGAAAGGGAAUUUAUUGCUGCAAAUUAAUGCUUGAUUAUGAGUGACGGCACGAAGAAGAUUUAAACCGAUUGGUGGAAAGUUGGCAUUGAUUUUUAAUUUGGUUAUUGUUUUAUUUUCUGUGACUUUCACUGAUUUCUAAGAUGAUGACAUCGUUGCGGAGGAUAGAUAUCAUUGUUUUGAUUAUAUCAGUGUUCAGGCUGGUGCAUUGUCAAGAAAUAGAACCCCGCCUAAUUAUCAGUCCUCCUCAAAGUUACCUAAGUACGCCAGCAGGCAAGCCAUUUGGGUUGGUUUGUUCGGGUGAGCCAGACAAUGAAGGCAGCUUCAACGAGAUGAAAUGGUACAAGCCGAAUGGAGAAAUAAUUCCUGAAGGCACACCUGGCGUGAAGAUGUUCGGUGAAUCUUCCUUAAAGUUGUCUUUCGUCAACCCCACAGUAGAUGAGAGUGGAACUUACAGAUGCACGGGUCUUUAUAGCAGCUCAAAAUCACUAGAAGUAGAAGUAGAAAUUAACUUUUACGAGGACAUCAAGUUUGAGGACUGUGCUGAAGUUCAAGACUUGGUGGUUGGCAAGGAAGGCCGCAUCAACUGUCGCCCGAUUGGUAAUCCACAACCUGCCAUCAACUGGGAGAAAAACAAGAAGAGGGUGCAAUCGGAACGAAUCAUGGUCACUCCAUCUGGAAUCGUCAUCUCAUCUGUAGCAUCUGAAGACGCUGGCCUUUAUACCGUCGAAGCGUUUGUUCUCGCUACUGGCAUCAAUAAGUACCGAAACAUUACAGUCAAUGUUCUUACUCCUCCAAAGAUUAUUGAGCUCCCAGAAGAUGUCAUUGCCAUUCAAGGACAAGAUAAGGAUAUCUUUUGCAGAGCUGAUGGCUCUGAGCCUCUUAUUUACUCAUGGUUCGACCCCAAUAUGCGCAACCUCAGCACUGUUGAGGGCUUCAAAGUGGACGGUGAGAAGCUGACUCUGUACAAAGUAGAUAGAAAUGCAGGUGGAGAAUACAAGUGCCAAGUUAAUAACAGAGCUGGAGAAGAUUCAGAAAUUGUCAGAGUGGAAGUUCAAGUGCCUCCAACCAUUGUGCAGUUCGACAAUUUGACUCGUGAAGAAACGAAAGAAGCCUUGUUCGAAUGCAGAGCUGAAGGCGUGCCAAGACCUUCUCUUUCUAUCAGGAGGGACAACUCAUUCCAACCUAUAGAAGAUGGACAGGAAGAACGUAUAGAAGUUGAAGAAGUGGAAGAGAAUGACCAAAAGGUUAUAAGGCUCAGUAUAUCAAAUGUCAAGCGAUCUGAUGAUGGAUUGUACUACUGUAAAGCCUCUAAUACUGCGGGUCAUGUCGAAAGAACAGGACACCUUGAAGUGCAAUUUCGGCCUGAUAUGAGCGCAACUCCGUUUACCACUGUAAAGGCGUGGUCAGCCAAUCCUGCUAAUCUGUCGUGUAUAGCAGAAGCUAAUCCAAAUGCAACGUUGACGUGGAAAUUUCAAAAUGAGCCCAUCGAGUUUGAUGAACAGCGGUACAAGUUGUAUGGAGGUGUAUCGUACAGCAACCUGCUGGUCUACACUGACAAAAGAGCCCAAUAUGAAGUGUUUGGAGUCUACACAUGUGAAGCUCGUAACAAAUUUGGAGAAAAUUCGAUAAAUAUAAAUUUGGAAGAAGCAACUGCCCCUGGUCAAGUCACUCAAAUAGUAUUCGACAAAGUGACGUCCACGACGAUAACAUUUCGACUGAUGGGUCCAGGCAAUACAGGUGGUUUACCAAUCCUUGCCUACAUUAUGAAGUACAGAUUAGCAGAAGAGCCCGUGGAACGCACUAUUACCAUCGAAUGGUCGAAAGACUCUCCCUACAUCCUGAGCGAACUGAAGCCACGCGCCAAAUAUCACUUUAGCGUUGCGGCCAGGAACAUUGUCGGGGAAGGUACAUACAAAACUGCAGAAUACAUCAUGCCUGAAGAAACCGUUCCAGAACCACCUAGCAUCAUCACCGAACCAGAGACAAUCUCCGACUAUCCCGACAGGUUUGAAGUUAGGUGGAAUGUCCCCAGCGACAAUGGCGAGCCCAUACUCUAUUUCCAAAUAAGGUAUUUCAAGGUUGAAAGAGACUUAAAGGGUUGGGCCCAGGUUGGCAAAGCAGUCGACGACAAUGUCCGCAACUGGGUCGAAAAACCUUCUUACGAACUUAAUGGAUUAGCUUCAGACACCUACUACAAAAUUGAGAUUCGAGCUACGAAUAAGAUCGGUAACAGCAUCCCUGAAUCUGUAGUCAUCAAAACCAGAGCUGGUGAAACUACUCAUGACCCUCUCAGUAAAGAUGGCGAAGAGUUAAACAUUUACAUAAUCAUAGCGAUCGUGCUCGUGGCUCUCCUAGUGUUCCUGGUCAUCUUAGACGUAACCUGCUUCUUCCGCUUCCAUUGUGGUCUCCUGUACCUAAUGAGGUAUAAGACCUGUGGGCGAUCUUCCGAAAAAAUGCCAUCAGCAAUGGAGGACGGCCGAGCUUGUGUUAAAGAAGUCUCAACAGCCACUAAUGGAAAGAUUAAGUCGGAUAUAAAAUCUCCUCCUUCUCCUGAUCAACUUCCACCACCUGACAAAUUAUCCAAUUAUGAAGAAAAGUUCAAAACGGAAGUGGACAAUCCAGCUUUUGAGAACAGGGAUGCCCGGCCCGUGGACCUAAUCAUAGACGAAAACUUCAAAAACAAAUCUCCAAAAGGAUCAAAAACAAGCAUCGGCAAGAGCAGUCCUGUGUAGCCCGUGUACCAAACCCAGUCAGUGAAAAGAUAUUGUAAAAAAAUGUGUCGAACAUUUUGUUCCCUUGAGUCACCAAUUAUGGAGACAUCUUCAUUGUUUCCGAAAGUCAAUUUUUGCUAAUCGAUGUUUUGAUUCAUUGCUCUGUUCAAACCAAGAAAAAGCCAAGAUUCGAACUUUCUGGAAAGAAUGUUCUCAACAACUUUGCCUUUCUGCUUCGCAAGAAAACCAGGAAACUUGCCUCGGAUGUCAGGGGCGAACACUACCCCCAGCAGACUUAACGAACUGCUUUCGAACAUUUCAGGGUCUCGUGUUCGCUGGUGUGGUUCCAAACUUGCACAAAAGAGUUAUUUGGAAUGAACUUAUUCAAGUUUCUAAACAAAAGUUACAGAGUGUCCUGAAAAAGACUGACUGUUUUGAAAAAUCUAUUACAAGAAAACGGUUAAUGAUAAAAAUAUAAUUCUUGCAAAAAAAUUCAUGUGGCGGGCAGUUAAUUUUUUCCCCAAAAAUAGAAAUUUUAGUUCAACAAUUUUCCAAUAGAUGGCUCUUCAGAUAGUAAGCACGUGAAUCAAAGAAAGAUUGCACACCACAUCAUAAUAUUUCGAAAAAUGUGUUUAAUGAACAAAAUUACAUAACAAUUUUUCAAUUUAACAUCCGUCGACUGCAAUCACAUGUCGCAAUCGAAGGAAAAAUCGGUGAAUUUCAAUUCUUCGUUUUUGACUUACAGCUUUACUAUCUGCAGCGUCAUUUAUUGUAAAAUUUUUGAACUAAAAUUUGCAACUCUAUGGGGAAAAACUUACGGCCCACCCCAUCAAUUUUCUGCAAGAAUUUAUUUUUUAUCAUUAACCAUUUUCCUGUUAUAAUUUUUCUGAAAACAGUCAAUCUAUUCCAGGACACCCUGUAUAUGCUGUCUUUUUUAAUUUUUCAGUGUAAAAUGUGAAUAGUAAUUCCGCGGUACAUUUCUCCAUGCUUUGUUCUUUCGAUGUGAAUUCCUAGAUUUUUCAUAAACGCUUCUAUAUUCAGGUCAUAAAAGGGGGGGGGGGGGGAGGUAUAGAUCGACGCCAAGAAAAGUAGUUUUUCCAAAUGGUCUUAAGCUUUACAUCGUUCGGUUUCAUUUGCCUGGACCGUUUUAUAGUUCCUUUUCACACGCAUUAGACGUAUCAUGUGUUUCAAUUUUACUUAUUUUGUUUUUAAUCAUUCCAUUUUAUUUUUGCUUAUUUUCCUUCGAGGCCUAUAAAAAGUUUGGAUACAUAAACGUUAGUGAUUUAUUUAUAUUUUACUAAUAUUUUGCAUCAUUCAAAAGCAGAAUAUAUUUUUUGAGCUCAUAGGAACGGAAUCGUUUUAAAGGUUAGCAACUGGUAGCUUGGGAAGUGUUAAAAUUAGCUAAACGUAUCUUUUCUUUUUAUUAGGUCUCGAAUUCUUUUUUAAGCCGUCUUUUUAAAGCGCUUUUGUAUCAUAAGUAUUGUCAUGAAUUAGGAAUUCGUUUAGUGGUCGUAAUCGCAAGGAUAUGUAUACAUACGUGAGCAAAUAUAUAUACAAUAUAAUUUUCUAUGAAACAGACUGUUCAAAUGCUUCUAGGUGAAUUUGUAAUUAUGAAAUUUUAGAUGUUUCUACGAUUUAGUGUUAAUGUAAUUACGGCGUGCAUCCUACUUAUAUUGUGAUCUCAGCGACGCCGAGAAAUGAAGGGUGGGUUAGCAGAUUUUGUUUUUCCUUAUUUCCUGUGUAAUUUUGUAAAAAGUUUUGAGGAAAAAGCCUUUAAUUUCAAUAACGGGCUUUAAAUGUAAAUAACAUUCAUGUAAUUCUUUGCGAUUACUUUGCUUGCGUUCGUAUCGAGCAACUGAUCGAUUGCGGUUGAUCGAUCACAUGACAGCUAGUGACGUCAGUCGUUAUUAACCAGUUGUUUACUAGCCGAUGCUCCAUUGAACGCAUUCGGUAAAAACGCGGAUACUUGAUCAAAUAAUUUAUUUCAAUUUGGUCAAAAGUGUCACAUCAACAGGGCUUUUAGUUUGUUAAAAACGCCAUGUGGCUAUAUCAACAAGUCUUUAAUUCAACAAAAAUGUCACGUGGUUCUGUCAACCAGCCUAAAUUGCGGUCGACCGGUGAAGCUAUUAGACCAACUUCGGCAACAACCAGCUAACCGGUAGCUCUAUUAGAACGCUCCUGGUUAGUCACCGGUUAACCGCGGUCGACCGGUUGUUUUAUACGAAAGCAGCCUUUGUUGCAGCAGCAGACAAGUAAAACGUUUCCUUGAUGCCAUAUUUUCCAGCUAAAUACAAUUUAUGAUGUAUUCACAUAACUCAGCAGUUUCUAGAAGUUCAACCACAAAUUCAAAAACUUAUUUUCUCUUAAAUUCUGUUAUAGAAUUUUUAAGUUUGAAAUUAAAAACCCAAAGUCAAAGUACUUUUCUUAAUGUAAUGCUUUUUAUUACACAACGUUGUGUUUGUUUGAAAAUUUCUGAAUGAAAAAGUUGUCUGUUUCAUCUAACUUUAAACUGUAAUUAUUUUAAUAUUUCUCUUUUAAUUGCAAUACAAUUUUAUCUCAGAUGUGCAUUUCUAUGUUUUUAAUAUAUUAUCCUGAUGGAGGAUGGGUUUUAUUUUGUUUUAAAGCUCGUUACUGGAAAACUGUAUGAAUGAAAAUGUAUGUUAAAAAAACCUUCUAAACGCUUUUUUGGCUUUUCAGCUGUGAUGUGUGCAUGAUGGAAAGUAAGAAUAAACAUUUUCAAAUCGUG